CGAUUCUCUGCUUUGACACCAGCGCAGAUUUCAAAUUUCCAUGGUUCAGUUGCCUCGUUUUAGGAUGUGGGGUUUGUGUAAUGUUACAUUGCAUAAAUACAGGAAGUAAUCUUUUCUCAGAAAGAGACAACUUUAAAAGACCAUAUUCAGCAGUAGGUGGCACUAGGUGCUGCUUAUAACAUGCGUGUCAUGUGACCAGGAUAUAUAUCAGUGCGACAACAUUUACAAUAGUUGUCGACAACGAAUGCAGCUUUACCAUGGGAUUGUCACCAUCGUACAAUGCACAUAGGCAAAGAGGCAAAUAUCCACAGACACAAACCAUCAAUUUUGAGUAUAACCAACUUUUGGUAAAACGGUGUCACACCUGAGUCCUCUGAGCGAUGGCCGAUGUGGAUGACGUCCAUACAAAACCUAUCCCGGCCUUUUAUUGCUGUUAUCUCCUGAGAUCAACCGUUCGGCAAACUUCUCUGUACAUUGGCUCCACUCCUCAUCCAUCUAGACGGCUCGCGCAGCACAAUGGAGUCUCAAAAGGUGGAGCACGCAAGACUGCAAAUGACAAGAGACCUUGGGAAAUGGUGCUCAUUGUAGAAGGCUUUAUGAGUCGGACUGCUGCCUUGCAGUUUGAAUGGGCAUGGCAGAAGCCGGGCAAAUCUCGCCAUCUUGGCUUUGGUGAUGAUAAUACGGAAUCUGCCGGAGGGAAGGGUAAGACCCGGCCUCGUGGCCCCGCGAGGUCCUUGAAAGGGCACUUGGAGAAUUUGCACGCUUUGCUACGAUCGACAUACUUCUCUAGUCUACCUCUCAGAGUACGAUUCUUUGCUGAAGACGUUCACCAACUGUGGAGGGUUUGGAGUGAUCGCGUAGAUGGUGUCAUUCCGGAGCACAUCAAAGUUAUCCCAGAUGGUAGCUGUGUCGAGAAUAAGCAGCCUGGCAUCGAGUACGCAAGAGUUGGUAGCGUCGAGCACAUUCAGGUCGAUUACAGUAAGAUGUAUAAUUACUUGGAGAAGGCAGCGUUUCAGCUGGACGAUCCAGAAGACUUGCAGUGCAAAGUUUGCCAAACACCGGUUGUCCCCAAGGAAGAGCUGGUAGUUGUCUGUCCUCAGAUGCGCUGUUACUGCGUGAGUCAUUUAUUAUGUCUAUCGGCUAGGUUCCUAGAUUCUACCACGGAGCGAGGAAGACUAGUACCCCUAGCUGGAAAAUGUCCUGGAUGCCACAAAAUUGUCCAAUGGUCCCUGAUGAUGCAGGAACUGAGUUUACGAACCCGAGGAGAAAAGGAAUUGCAGGCUAUUUUGAGGAAAAAGAAACGAGGGGAUUACAGGAAAAAUGACGUUCCGAGUGAGGACACUGAUGGUGUGAGCACAGCUACUGCAGAACACUGUGACUUUCCCGAGUCAGUGGGUAACUCAGUAAAGGGGCCGAACAAUGCCUCCGAUGAAGGCACCCACGACGACAUCCCUCUAGAAGAUGACUGGUAUGAGUCGCUGGCCCUCGAAUCAGACCAUGAGAUCGAUGAUUGGUCGAAGGGCCAUCCUGCAAUGGCCACAAGAGUCGAAAUAGUCAUCGAGGAUAGCGAUGGGUGAUAAUACAGGAUAAACGCUCCCGUGGA